AUGCUUCGUCUUCCAGUUGAGUUGGUCCAACUCAUACUUCGGCACUGUGAAACCCCUGCCUAUUUCCAAGCUGCUUUUGCGAGUCGCAGGCUUUUUGAAAUUGCAUCCAGCAGCAGAGAUGUUAUCCUGCUCCAACUACACAAAACCCCGGGGCAUGGCUUCAAGCUUCUCCGGACAACAGAGCUGUUUCGCAUCUUGAUGAAGCGAUCUUUGGAGCAACUAGAUGGCGCCGAAUUCCACACAGAUCGCAAGCUCUAUCAAUUCCAAAACGUGAUCGAUAGCCGGGCAUCAACAUUCGAAGAUUCCAUAGACGAAAACGCGCUGCUUGUCUUCAAAGACAACAGUACCGUUCACCUGGUUCAUAUUGGCAAUGGGAUCCUAACUCAUGAACGUGAAUUUAAAUCUCCAGGAAAAGACAUUGGAAAUGUCGAGGUUCUUCGGACCGCGUUCGAUGGCGACAAUGGUAUCUAUGUGCUGCAUCGAUUCAAGCCAUUCCUCGACCAAGAGCUUGACACCGACCAUCCAUUUGUCAAGCAUGCGCUGCAGUCUCAUCCCCAUGGAGAUAUCUUCAUGACCUAUUAUAAAUUGGAUUCUUUACUUGUUCGCAUGUGUGCCUUCCCCGAUCGUCACGACUACAGGCCUCUAGCUCUAUCUGCUACCCCUGGACAGUUCGCAAUCUCAUGGCAGCACAUAUUGAAUCCCCACGAUUAUAACGUUGAACUUUACACCUGGGUUGAUGAGGGAGAGGAGGAGGAUGAAAGCGACAGAGAGGCCAUUGAGGAAGAUCUGGAGGCUGGGGACACAAAUGAAGAUGCCAAACCAAAGAAUGAGGCAAGCAGAAUUAGAUAUGCCGCUUAUGCGACCAGCUCUCUUGCAGGUUCAGACGGGCAUGACUCAGAUGAUGAUCCUUUCCAGGGCAGAGGGCCCGCGGUGAGGUUGGCUUUCAACGAUCGAGGCCACCAGUUACUCUACCACUACAGGGCUCAAACUCUUUACGGAUCCUUCCAACGACUUCACGCUCCUCAUCAGUCGAGACCGGCAAAGCCACCGAGCGCGAAUGAAUGCAUUGUGCCAUAUUCAAACUCGCUUUCACUGCGAUUCUCUAUUGGGAUUCCGUUCUUUGGUACCCAUGAAUCCCAUAAUUUAUUGCCGGGAGGAAGCUGUCAUUGGCAAUACCUUGCCUUCGGAAUUGCUACUCAUCGGGUCGAAAAAUGGACUGUGGCAUGUCUUUUGAAGUCUGAGGCCUUCCCUCGAGCCCAGCACUGUCACCAUAUCUUUAAUCUUGGCCGCGGAAGGCGUUUUGAUAAUUGGCAGAUUAUGGCGCGGCUUGGGGGAUUUGAAGAAUCGACUACAUCGCACGGAUCUCGUGUGGCUGCUUCACCUCUCGGGACUCGGAUCGCCGUUGCCAAUUGGAAAACGCUCCGUGUCUGGGCACUGGAGCCACAUGAAGUGAUUGCAGGAAACACCACCGGCUACUAUUCACCAUCGUGGGUAUCCGACUCAGGUCUCAUCGAGCUGCGACCUGUUGUUAUCCCGUUAGACGCGGUCUGCUCCCAAUUGAAAUUCACGGACAAAGAAGACGAGCUGGUUGCGAUUACUGACCGUGGGUUGAUGUAUUUGAAUAUUGGUCCCAGCGGUCGAGGUCUUCGACUUGUCGACAGACAGGGACUUGAAUAG